AUGGCUCCUUCUAGGGCGAAAUCAUUACCCUUCUUCGUUGCCCUGUUACUGGGCAUUCUUCUCUGCAUCUUCACAGCACCGACACUCGCCUCACCAGCCUCAGAACCUUCUCCCAACGCAGAUGUCGAGCUCAUUUGCCACACAGACAACCCAAAGGACUGUUACCCCAAAGUUUUCCAACCAACAGAUGAGUUUCAGGUCGUUCAUGAUGAUCAAGAACUUCCCCACGGACUCCACGUCCGCCUGAACAUGUCUAAUGGCAAGAAAGAGGCCAAGAUCAACGUUCCUGAUGAGGGAAACCCUGCUCUUGAGGGACUCCCUGUUGAUCAAGCAGUUGUCGUUGUAGACCAGCAGCAACAGGAGGACCCUCAAAUUCCCAAGGGUGCCCCGGCCUAUGAGCCUAUUGGAAAGAUCAAGGAGCCCGAGGAUGAAGACUUUGUUGGAAAGCCGUUUUUCACAGCCAUGAGAAUGUUGAAGGCUGGCGAAACAGGUGAAGGCAAAGAGCUCGACGACGCGCUUGAGGGAAUGGAGGAACUGUCUCACGACAUUUACUACGGUCUCAAGGUCACAGAAGACCCCGCGGUGUUGAAGGCUCUGUUCUGCAUGAUGGGUGAUUCCGAGAUCACUACCCCCGCAGGUGCCACUCCUCGUGGCCACCAAGCAGCCGCUAUCCUGGGAGCUUCUCUGCAAAACAACGCAGCCGCCUUGAAGGAAGUCACCAAGCAGUGGUCUGGUCUGAUGGAGGCCCAGUGCCCUGCUAACGCCAAGUCUCUCAAGGAGUCUCUCUACACAUCUCUUGUGCCUUCUCAUGUCCCGUCCUCUAUCAACACCAAGACACUGGCCUCCACGGUGAAGGCCAAGGUUGGAGCCAUCAACGGCCUCAUGAAGAGCGACGUGAUCCGGGCAGAUUUCCUCAAGAACGACGGCAUGAAGCUUCUCCUCGAAGUGCUUGUGCCCGAGGGCAAUGAAUGGGGUACAACCCAGCGCAAAGUUGGACAGCUAGUCCUCGACACAUUUUUGGAUGAGGAUAUGGGCGCUAAGCUUGGACAGUGGCCUCGCACAGAGCGAUCUAGCGAUGCCAAGUGUCGUGUGCAUGAGACCAGUACUGAAGAGGGUUGCUGGGAUUACCACAUUGCAAGAAUCAUGAAGGAGAACAAGAAGGAUAGAAGCCAUUGGAGCCGAGACUUGAAUGACCGUCUUGCGGCUUUGAGGAAGAGCGGCAUGGUGCCUCCUAAAGUCGAAUUGUAG